AUGAGUGUGCUAAGUUGGAAUGCACGUGGUUUGGGGAGUACACGUGCAUUCAAGAGGCUCUCCCUGCUUGUUAAGGAUCACUGCCCUGAUAUAGUUUUUUUGAUGGAAACCCGAUUGCCUGUUAUGCCUGUGGAUCGUGUUAGAGCAGCUCUAGGUUUUGAUAAUGAUUUGAAGUCCCUAGGAAGUAUUUUGGAGGUGGACUUCUUCUUUUGUGGAAGGCUACUGUUUGCUUCUCAUAGGAAGAAGAAUAAUACUAUUAAAUAUUUAAAGGAUGAUCUUGGUAACAGCACCAAUGAUCCUGAGGCUAUGUUUGGUAUAUUUUCUUCUAUUUUCACCAAUCUUUUCAGUUCUGAGGGUUGUGAUGCUGAGGCAACUAAUCAAAUAUUAGACUGUUUAGGACCUCCCCUAGAUGAGUCUGAUAUUGAUUAUUUGGCUAGCCCUUAUACAACUCAAGAAGUGAAAAAAGCGGUUUUUAGCCUCUCUGGGGAUAAAGCUCUUGGUUUGGAUGAUUGCUUAAAUAAGGGUGUUGAUUUUUUGGAUAUUAAUACUACUCUUAUUGCUUUAAUCCCCAAAAAGCAGCAUGCCAGUUCUCUAAAAUAUUUUCGGCCUAUAAGCCUUUGUACUACUAUGUAUAAAGUCAUCUCUAAAGUUUUAGCGAAUCGACUUAAGUUAGUCCUGGAUAACAUUAUCUCUCCUUUUCAAAGUGUCUUUAUUUCUGGGCGUAUUAUUUUUGAUAACAUCCUUAUUGCCCAAGAAAUAAUUCAUGCCAUCAAUAAUAGAAAGCAUGGUAAACGUGGCUGGGCUGCUCUUAAGCUUGAUAUGGCUAAGGCUUUUGAUCGUGUUGAAUUUUAUGGAUCUCUUAAGCCUUCGAGAGGUCUUAGACAGGGAGACCCUUUGUCCCCCUAUCUUUUUAUCCUCUGUGCGGAAGGUUUAUCCUCUCUUCUUAGAAUGCGGCAGGAAGCUCAUAUUCUUAAUGAUGUGUUUAAUAUUUAUUCUAAGGCAUCUGGACAGGUCAUUAAUUUCUCUAAGUCAUUUAUCCUUUUCUCUCCUAACACUGAACCAGAUAUUCGUGCUUUGUUUUUUCAAACUUUUAACCUUGAGGAUCGGCCUUUUGGUUGUAAAUAUUUAGGUCUUCCUCAGUGUCUUACCCGAUCUAAAUAUCAUUCUUUCACCUAUCUUUGUGAUAAAGUUGCUUCUGUUCUGAGAAGUUGGUCCUCUAAGUGUUUUUCUAGGGCUGGAAUGGAGGUUCUUUUGAAGGCGGUAAUUCAGGCUAUUCCUGCUUAUGCUAUGGCCUGUUUUAGGCUUCCUGUUAAAAUUUGUAAGGGAAUUGAGGCUGCGAUGGCUAGAUUCUGGUGGGGUUCUACUGGGGAAACUAGGAAAGUUCAUUGGAAAUCAUGGAAGUUUCUUUGUCAGUCUAAGUUUAAGGGUGGUUUGGGGUUUAGGUCUCUUGUGCACUUCAACCAAGCCAUGCUUGCUAAACAGGCUUGGCGUAUUUUCCAAAACCCUAAUUCCUUGCUUAGCUUGAUCCUUAAAGCUCGAUACUUUCCACACUCUUCUAUUCUUGAGGCUGUCCCUGGUCAUAGUCCCUCGUUUUCUUGGAGAAGCAUUUUAUGGGGUAGGGACCUGAUGGCUUCUGGACUUAUUUGGAAAGUGGUUAAUGGGUAUGGGAUUCAAACUCUGGGUGAUCAUUGGCUUCCUAAUAAUAGAUUCAAGUUUUUUACUUCAAAUAAUCCUCCCCCUUCUUCCCAUUCUUUGUCCUUCUUUAUUACUGAUUCGGGAACUUGGGAUGUGGGUAAAUUGCAGUCUUGCUUUGAUGAGUCCAUGGUCCAUGAUAUUCUUGCGGUCCCUGUUUUUGGAAGUUAUGGUCAUGAUAAGCUGAUUUGGGAAAAGGAGAGUUCUGGGUGUUUCACUGUUAAGUCUGCUUAUCAUUUGGCUUUCUCUAAUCAGGACCUUCCGUCUUCUUCUUCUUUUUCUGAUUCUAAGAAGUUUUGGACAAGAAUCUGGUCUUCUACUGCCCCUCCUAAGAUGGACAAUGAGACUAUUAAGCAUGCUUUGCUAGAUUGCUCCAGGGUCAGGAAAGCUUGGCGAUAUUCCAGGUUUGCUGCUUAUUAUGAUACAUUUAAAAAUUUGGAUAUUGAUGAGUUUUUUCUUGGUCUUCUUCAAACAUUGGACAAAAAUGAUAUUGGUAUUUUGUUUUGCUUUAUAUGGGCUUUAUGGAAUCAAAGGAAUAGUUUUGUUCAUAAUCAGUACACUUUUCCUCCAAAAGAAGUGUAUGAUUGGAGUCUUAAUUUUUUCUUUAAGUUUUUGGAUGCACAGCAACAUCAUGUCACAGGUUCCCAAUCUGCAUCUCCUUCGACUCAAGUGCAGCUACCUCCUUCUACAGGGCUUAGAAUAUUCACAGAUGGAGCCAUUGACUCAGCUAAUCGGAGGCAUAGUAUCAGAGUGGUGGUUUUAGAUGCUGAUAAUGCAGUCAAAGCUGGGUUUUCUACUCCUUUCCCUGGAUUGGUGCCGCCUGCUGUUGCUGAAGCUAAGGCUAUUUUCCAGGCAAUUCAAUGGGCUCAGAUGAUUUCUCUCCCUGUAGAUGUCUUGCUAACGGAUUGUAAAUCAAUAGUAGAAAAGCUUAAUUCUUGUAAUUGGAAUAAUAAUGUGUUGGAUGAUGUAUUGGUUAAUGUCAAGAACUUGUUAUCUUUUAGUCCGAGGCUAGUUAUUUCUUAUGUUCCUAGGGAAAGUAAUGUUCUUGCUCAUAAUUUAGCUAAGCUUGGUCUUGGAUUAGAUAAUGAGUUAGUUUGGAAUGGUUCUUUACCUUCCAUAUAG